GAGCAGAGGUUCUGCCAGCGCUAUGACCGGCUCAUGGAGGCCUGGGAGAAGAAGGUGGAGCGCAUCGAGAGCAACCCACGGCGGCGCGCCAAGGAAGGCAAGGUGCGCGAGUACUACGAGAAGCAGUUCCCGGAAAUCCGCAAGCAGCGCGAGCUGCAGGAGCGCAUGCAGAGUAGGGUGGGUCAGCGGGGCAGCGGGCUCUCCAUGUCUGCCGCCCGCAGCGAGCACGAGGUGUCUGAGAUCAUCGACGGCCUCUCCGAGCAGGAGAACCUGGAGAAGCAAAUGCGCCAGCUGGCCGUGAUCCCACCCAUGCUGUACGACGCCGACCAGCAGCGCAUCAAGUUUAUCAACAUGAACGGGCUCAUGGGCGACCCCAUGAAGGUGUACCGGGACCGCCAGGUCAUGAACAUGUGGAGCGAGCAGGAGAAGGAGACCUUCCGCGAGAAGUGA